UCUCUCAGCGGCACAUUGUGGUCGCCCCGUGCAGAUUUUUGCUGUCGCAGGGGCAGCGCUGCAUAGGCCGGUGACAACGGGGCAGCCACAGUGACCGGGAGUACGACUACGUGUCCCGCUGCGGAGGACGGCGUAAUAUGCACUCGGCUUUCGCGAUCGCGCGUGCAGCUGUGCGCGUCGCCGCAACAUGACGUCCGCGUCCCGAGCUCUCCGGUGUUUUUGCUCGUGAUGGGGCGUACUCGAACGUGGCGAAGGACGUUGCCCGUCGCAUCGCUCGCAUGGACGGGAUUUUACGCGUUCUUCUUCUGCUCUGCGCUGGCGGUGGCGCAGCUCCAAGACACAUGCACGGAACUUCCGGAGCUCGACGUGACAAGAAACGGGUCCAAGAUCAUUUUACACCUGGCAAGGCCAGCCUCUCCCAGUCAAGUGAACGAGACAAGCUGCCUGUGCUAUCCAGUGCUCAAAGAUGAACAAGAUUUUUUAAACUCCACUUGUGACAAUGCCACUUUCAGUAGUGCUACCUGCUGGAACGUAGAACCAGAUCGGGACGUAAACAUCGAGAUUGACAUGGACGAAGAAAAUUUGUCUGACAAUUCUUCCAUUUGCCAUUUCUCAAACUGCGGAAAGCAGAACUGCAGCAUUUACGAUGCAACCAAAGACGUCGCAUCAAUCAGUAACUUGAACUUCACGUUGGUGAACCGAUCCACAGCGUUCGUAUCCUGGAGCGUUCAUCAUCCAUACGGGCUUGGAGUCAGCGACUUUCACUUGACAUGGUGCACAGAACAAGCCAAUUGCUCGUAUGAUGCUACUUGCCUCGGGAGUGGUUCCCAAUCUCGAGAUCGCAACGUGACGGAUACGAAUGCGUUGAUAGGAGAGUUGAGCCCAGCUACAAGCCUGAGGCUACGGGUGUCACCUCUCGGCAUUCAAGAGAACUUCUCAUUGGGGUGCAUUGAGGUGCCCCCUGAAGAACCUGAAAGCACCGAGACAUAGAAGCUUCCCUACAUGGACUCGAUGGUCUUCGAGUGCAAUGGAAACAACAGGAUUCUUUUAACGCGUCACUCGAUCACUAUGAGGUCCGCUACUGCUUGAACGAAGAAGAAGAACGCUGUCCUGAAUACCAAGAGCGCUUCCUAAACGACUGCAUGAACACUGUAUUCGAAGCUGAACUGAACAUGAACGGCUACAGACAUACCUGGUUUGAAGCCAAAAAGCGCAGUGGUUCGUUGGAGUGCGGACGAAAAGGCGAUACCCAAGCGGAGUAGUAACGAAAUCGAAAGAGUCUGUGAGCUGCUUUAAGGCACCUGCUCCUGGAAACAUCUCGGGCCUCCAUGUCCAAGACAUCACCAGCAGGAAUGCCACUGUGCUGUGGACGUUUGAGCAAGACGGUUACCAAGAGCUGAGACCCGCUUCCUACAGCGUCACGUGGUGCGUCGCGAGUGAGCAGAAGUGCCCCUUGAAUGCUUUAGUGAGCACACUGUGCCAUCAGCCUUACCAGGCCACUGUGAAAGCAAGCCAAGGUGCUACCCAUCAUUCCAGUAUAAACAUUGGGAAUUUGCUACCAUGGAGUGCGAUAUCGGUGAAAGUGCGGGCUAUGUACAUGAAUGGAAGUGACCAUGUCGCUCUUGGUGAUUCAGGCUAUCUUUGCUUCGAGACACUCG